AUGCACCUUACUAGUCUGAAUCAGUCCAAUCAAUUGUUAGUACCAGACAAUGCAGGUAACCCAUCUAGAUCCAUCGAGAUGCUUAGAACAGUUGUGACAGCCUCCGGGCUUGUGGCUUUUGUGCCAACUGUGAGUGCUGCAACUCCCACUGAAGAGCCUAGCAGACCGCCACUAAUGAAACCAUCAGAACUUCCCAUAUAUGAGGCUCCGCAUGCUGAAUAUGGCGAUCACUUGGAGUCUAAAUCGAAAGAGAACAAAAGCAGCUAUUUGAGAUCAAUAUUAAUGCCUCCUGUGACUGCAGCUAGAGAGGUAGUUGAGACUGGUCUGGCUCAUUCCACAUCUUUUAAACAUAGAAUCACUGACAACUAUCAAGAAGCUAUUGAUAGGACUGAUUGGAUUAUUCAGUAUCUCAGGGAAGAAGAGAAUAAGCAGACUAGAUAUGGAGCUGUAGCUAUGGGAGGUCUCACUGGCUUCAUCUUUGGCUUAAGAGGAGGACUAAUUCGUAGAAUAUUCUAUUCUUCGUUGGGGACUACAGCAAUGGGAUAUGUUUGCUUUCCAGAAGAAACUAAACAAAUUAUGAGUGAGAAUGGAGUUCUAGCUAAGCAGUACAUAAACAUUGCGUAUAAUUUCUUAUAUGGGGUAAAACCAGGGGACCCACAGUUAGAAGUGAAACUUCCAGAGUUGUCUUUUCCCAAAGACCUAUCUGAGUUUGUUGACAUGACCAAGAGAAAGGAAACUAGAAUUACUUCUCGAUGA